AUGGCCGCAAGUACUCUAUCAGCGUGCUUGGCCACCUUGAACUGGGAGAAGCCAGACUUUCGUCAGACGAUGGUCGACUUUGCGCUCGAGGGUAUCUUGCAUGCCAAGCAGAAGAUGAAGGUGGAGCUGGUGGACGCACACUGCUUGCAUUCUACGGCGUCGUGUCUCACUGCCGACGAGAGUGUGCCAGGGUGUGCGUGCGCGAGGCACUCUCGACGUGACUGA